GACCGUCGCUGAGCCCCCAGUCUGUGAUCGAGGCGGGCCCCAGUGGAGGCGAGUCUGGCAGGCUCACCACUUUGGAUGCCGGCGCCUUUGAGAAGCCCCCCCCUGCUUACUUCGCUGACAUGCACGACGUGGAGCACGACGUCCCUUUGGGCGCAAAGAACGACUUCAUGAAUUCAUUACCUUGUUCAUCUGCCCUUGUCUCUGGCUCUCCGCUGGAGCUCUCGGGGGACUGUUUACUGCGAAAGAUUGGCCGUGCGUUACACCGCACCCUGACACGUUUGCCCGUUUAUUCAGAGAUCGCGUUCAUCCACACCUGGCUCCUCAACGUAUACCCGAUGUUGCAGACGCUGAUAGUGCACCUCUUCUGGCUCCUCACUGUACACCCGAUGCGGUACCGAUGCAUGCAGUUUCACGUUCGGCUCGUCGACAUUCCUCCGAGCGCAGUGCGAUUGGCGACUGCUCACACCCGGCCUCCCAGCGUACACCCUCCGACGCUGUAUCAGCUCUACCUCAUCAUAAUCUUCGGAGCCUCCGAGAUGAACUUGUUAGUGUCCCUGUUCUUUCUGAUGGAGAGUGGAUUGCUGGCCGAGGGCACGGAGGCAAAGCUGAGCUGGGUGCACGCCAUCGGCACGGGCAUCGACCACCACUACAUGCGCGGCUGGUCGGCCGCCCCUGAGGCGCCACCGAGUGCCGUGCAGCGUCGGGCUCUCAACCACUUGCCGCACGAGGUUCGGGUGUUCCGUGAUCAGCGCUCAGGAACGACACCCAUCGUGGACUGGGGGUCGGAGCUGACAGCGGCGGCGACCUCGCAUGUUGGCGAGGAGGUCUUCCCAGCCGAGCCGCUCGACAGGCCGAGUUUACUGGAGGCGCUGCCGCCGAUCGGUGCUUGCACGGCGGUCAAGGCGUUAGACGUCACCGAGGGCUGGUUCCAGGCGGCGCUGUCUGACCCCAGGUUCAUCCUGAUAAAUGCGGAGGGGAUUGGCGACCUCGUCAGGCGCGACAUCCUGAAGCCCACCGAGUACAAAGAGACCGUGCAGUUCAGUGGCCAGAAGAUCAUGGGCGGCACGCUCGGCGUGAAGAAGGGCUCCCUCGCGAGGGACGAGAGCCCCCAGAGUCUGGUGAUGAACAUCACCCCGUCCAACUUCAUUCAGCAGACAAUGAAGGGGGACAUGCCCUUGCUCCCUCACAGCGACAAGUGGAGGAGGAUGGUACCGCGCCCAGGGAAUUUCUUGCUCUGGAGCGCGGAGGAGCUGAAGUGCUACUUCUACGUGUACAGCCUGCGCGACGCCUGGUUGGAGUGCCUGGCCUUCCCCAAGCCGGUGCGGCGGGGCGCUGUCGGUCUACCUGGGACGGGGCCGACUUUUCUGGCGGCCGCGGUG